CCGCCGCGCGGCGCGGCCCCAGUCGGUGCCCGGCAGGCGCGGGGCGAGCGGCGGCCCCGGCCCCACCAUGCCCGGCUUCGACUACAAGUUCCUGGAGAAGCCGAAGCGGCGGCUGCUGUGCCCGCUGUGCGGCAAGGCCAUGCGGGAGCCCGUGCAGGUCUCCACCUGCGGCCACCGCUUCUGCGACACCUGCCUGCAGGAGUUCCUCAGUGAAGGCGUCUUCAAGUGUCCAGAGGAUCAGCUGCCCCUCGACUACGCCAAGAUCUACCCGGACCCCGAGCUGGAGGCGCAGGUGCUGAGCCUCACCAUCCGCUGCAUCCACAGCGAAGAGGGCUGCCGCUGGAGUGGGCACAUCAAGCACCUGCAGCCCCAUCUCGGCACGUGCGGCUUCAACGUGAUCCCGUGUCCCAAUCGCUGCAGCACCAAGCUGAGCCGGCGCGACCUGCCCGACCACCUGCAGCACGACUGCCCCAAGCGCCGCGUCAAGUGCGAGUUCUGCGCCAGCGACUUCUCCGGCGAGGCCUACGAGAAUCACCAGGGCGUCUGCCCCCAGGAGAGCGUGUACUGCGAGAACAAGUGUGGGGCUCGCAUGAUGCGUCGGCUGCUGUCCCAGCACGCGCUGGCCGACUGCCCCAAGCGCACCCAGCCCUGCCCCUACUGCACCAAGCAGUUUGUCUUUGACACCAUCCAGAAUCACCAGUACCAGUGUCCCCGCUACCCCGUGCCCUGCCCCAACCAGUGCGGGACACCCAGCCUCGCCAGAGAAGACCUGUCCGGGCACCUGAAGGAGAACUGCAGCACAGCCGUGGUGCUGUGCCCCUUCAAAGACGCUGGCUGCAAACAUCGGUGCCCCAAGCUGGCCAUGAGCCGGCACCUGGACGAGAGCACCAAGGUGCAUCUGGGCAUGGUGUGCUCCCUAGUCAGCCGGCAGCGGCAGGAGAUCCAGGAGCUGCGGCAGGAUGUGGAGGAGCUGUUGGUCAGCAGUGACGGGGUCCUGAUCUGGAAGAUCGCAGACUACGCCCGCAAGCUGCAGGAGUCCAAAGUGCGCAGCAACUACGAGUUCUUCAGCCCACCCUUCUACACCCACCGGUACGGCUACAAGCUGCAGGUGUCCGUGUUCCUCAACGGGAACGGCAGCGGGGAGGGCAGCCACCUGUCCGUCUACAUCCGGGUGCUGCCGGGGCAGUACGACAGCCUCCUGGAGUGGCCCUUCUCCUACCGCGUCACCUUCUCCCUGCUGGACCAGAGCGACCCCUCGCUGGCCAAGCCCCAGCACAUCACUGAGACCUUCAACCCUGACCCCAACUGGAAGAAUUUCCAGAAGCCGGGGGCCUCCCGCAGCUCCCUGGACGAGAGCACGCUGGGCUUCGGGUACCCCAAGUUCAUCUCGCACGAGGACAUCAAGAAGCGCAAUUACGUGCGGGACAACACCGUCUUCAUCAAGGCCUCGGUGGAGAUCCCACCGCGAAUCCUGGCCUGAGCCUGGCAUGGGGACGUUAGCCAGGGGCCUCGCGGCUCAGCCUGGCCGCAGCUGCGUUGCAGCGACUCCGUGGCCUUUCUCGGUCUGCAGCAGCCUGAGGGCACCGUGGGCUUGUCUGACUGGGGCCCUCUUGGUGUUUCCGCCCCAGAGGCCCAGCAGCCUCCUCCUGAGCAGGGACUGUCGCAAGCAGGUUUCCUGCAGCAGCCAUGGCCUGGAACCACCCUGGGCCCCGCCAGCUGAGACCCAGCGCCGUGGCUGGAGCUGGCCGUGGGGUGCAGGGAGAGGCCCUGCAGACUGGGUGGGAAGGAGAGCAGGCCCUGCCCUUCCAUACAUGUUCCCAUGGGCUGGCUCUCCAGCCUCAGGACAGCCGUGGGGCCCAGGCAGGCUGGUCACCGCUGCCCCCAGCCUGUGCCCCACCAGAGUGAAACACCACCUCUGUGGGGCGGUGUUGCAGCUGGGCCUGGGGGAACCCCAGCCCCCCUCCAGCACCUGCAAGCUCUGGAGCGGUGCCCACGGGGGGGCAGGGGGGUAGAGCCAUGCUGUCCUGAUAGCAUCAGUGGCAUUGCCCCCGGGGAUCUGGGGCGUCUAGGCUGCCACCCCAUUGGGACAAAGUGGAUCCACCUGAUCUCCACUGGGGCCAUUGGUCAUAUAACCCAAGCUCUCCUCCCCUCCUGAGUGCCUGGAGGGGGCAAGGCCUGGGGCUCCCUGCAGGCUGCCCGCCUCGGGGCAGGACUCGCCCCUGUGCCCUGCAGCUCAGCUAGGGCAUUCCCCCUCCCCCCGAGAGCCCCAGAGAAGCCUGGACAACACAGGAGCCAUGUAGCGGGGCAGGGACCCCCUCCCCUCCCAUGAGGCCUUUGCAAUGAAGCCCUAAGAAGGGAGCCCCAGUGAGGGGUCCCCUUGUAGCUACCAGCCCCCUGGUGCUCUGGAAGCCCCACAGGGAGGUACAGACCAGCCAGAGCCUGAUGCCCCAGCAGCAAGGAACCGGCAGGUCCCCUGGCGCUGGGUAUGCGGCUGCCAGGGUCCCCAGGCUCCGUCUCCUUCCUGCUGCCUCAGGGACCCCCGGAGGGCACAGGGCCCCUCCACCCAGAGCCAUGUUUUGUGAGCACCUGCCCCAGCGUCUGGCUGGGGAGCUGGGGUGCAUGUGUCUUAUCACCGGGGAGUCUUCCAUAUCGCGUCACUCCGAGGGGAGGGCGUCUGUUAUUUAUUGUCCUGGCUGCGGAGCUGCCCGGCCCUGCUGCCUUCACACUUUUUCAAUAAACUCUUCUUGUAUUUAU